AUGGACCCAGACUUCGACCUCGAGUCCCUCGUCCACGUUGAGCAAACGUUCUACGAGGCAGGCUACGCCGAUGGACACGCACACGGGCGGAUACACGGUCUGAUUGAGGGGCGCGCUCUCGGACGCGAGAAGGGGUUUGAGAUGUGGGAAGAGCUCGGGUUCUACGAAGGCUUCGCGCGGACUUGGGGUGCGAUCUUGGUGAAGACUGGCAAGGCUGAUGAUCGUGCUAAUCAGCAUAUAAGACACCUCCUCGAGCUCAUUGCUCAGUUUCCACGAGUAAACCCUUCUUCCACCUCCGCCUCUGCCGCCUCCUCGUCGUCCAGUUCAACUUCUCCCAAGGAAGAAGAGAAGGACCUCGACAUAUCCAAACUCCAGCGCCAGAUCCGCUCACGGUACAAAGCCCUCUGCUCCUCCCUCGGCGUCCGUCCACGCCUUCUCUCCGCAGAGAUCGCCGCUCUGGACCGCGAGGACGGUUCUCCAUCCCCUCAGGAAGACACGGGAAUGAAUCUGGACCACGAUGGCGGGGAUGGAAUGGGAAAACGUAUGGCGAAGGGCUCAGUGAUCCCGGUGUGGAAGAUCGAUAACGCGACGGGGACGAGGAAGGCGGUUACGAAUCAGGAUCUGAACUUUUGA